AUGCAAUGCAUGUGGGCGAGAAGUAGAAGGGCCUUUAGUAUCAUGGAUUUUCUAGGACAAAAUCGGCGUUUCUAUCCAGGUCUCCCACUGUACAAUAGUAUUUUAAGCUCCUGCACAAAAAUCCAGAAUUUAAUUCAAGCUAGAAAAUGUUUGGACUUGAUGGAAAAGAAAAUGAUAGGAAAGAGUGAAGUUACGUAUACCGCACUUAUCAAGCUUGCAGUUUUGCAGAAAAACUUGCCUGCAGUCCAUAUAAUUUGGCGGGAGUAUAUCAAGCUUUAUAGUAUGAGUAUCAUUGCUCUGCGUAAAUUUAUUUGGUCAUUUACAAGGUUGGGAGAUCUAAAAUCUGCGAAUAGAACACUACAACAGUUGGUGGCAUUAGCCACAAGGGAAAACAUUUCUAUUGCUAGAACAGUUUAUGGGAAGUUGUAUUCUACUAGAUUGGACAUUCCUGUUCCUGCAAAUGACGGGCUAGGAUCAACCAUAUUGGACCUGUGGAAGAGCAGACAACAUAGCUCUUGUAUACUCUCUCCUAGUUUGCAUUUACUAGACACUAUUUCUGCAAGUAAGGAGCAUAAAUUUAUCUGUAUGGAUGAUAAAAAAGCCAAGAAUACUGAUGUAAAUGGGCUGAAUGGACAAAAGCACUCACUGCUUAUGAAGGUUCUUAGGUGGUCUUUUAAUGAUAUAAUACAUGGGUGUGCAAAAGAAAAAAACUAUAUGCUUGCUUGGAAGCUUAUGUUACAGGUAGACAUCCGACUAAGCUGUUAA